AUGGCGGCGGCGGCGGCGGCGGCGGCUCGGGUGGUAGGUUGUGGGGGGUUUAGGAGAGGGAUUGGAAAUGUUGAUAAAAGCGUCGGCGACAAUAAUGCAACUUUUGAAUACUUGAAAGAUGUAACAUCUGAUUUUGAUACCAAUACUUGGCCCUGUUUGGGAGUAAUUUCUAAUGAUCUAAUUCAGUUUCUUUACGGGGAAGAUGGUAUGGAUGCUGUCUGGAUUGAAUCACAGCCACUGAAAUCUUUGAAAUUAAAGAAAUCAGGUUUCAAUAACAUGUAUAGAUAUGAGAUUGAUGAUCCAGAUUGGAGUCCUAGUUACAUGUUGCCUGAAGCUGUGGAAGAUUUAAAAACAAUCAGCGAGAUUCGCAGUGUGUUUGAUGCAGAGGUCGGAUUUGAUUGGAAAUGCGCAACCAAAUACCCAUGUAAUGCUAGAUUACAAGAUCCACGUUGUUCCCCUUGCUUUGGUAUUUAUAUGUGUGGGCUGGUGUUCGAGGAUCUCAUUGCUCAACGUGGAUUGAAGGAGAAGAAGAAUGUGAAGAGGACACAUAUUUUGUAUGACACCAUGAUGGGAGCAAAUGGUUCUUUAGGUGUCCCGUGGAAAAGAGUGAAGCAGCCAAGGAGCAAAUGGUUCUUUAGGUGUCCGGUGGAAAAGAGUGUGAGGUCAUUGAUGAAUGUGCCAUUUACUUUGGCAAAGCUUGAGUUGGAAGCUGAGUUUGUGAAGGAAGCAGCCAAGGAGAAGAUGAUGUAG